CGAGGGAUCUUGCCUCCACGUUUCUUGGAUAGAAGGGUGGAGGUUAGCCUGCCCUCCAGGGGCGGGGUGUAUAAUCUGGUGAUGGACUGGGUUGGGGUAGAACUGGUAGAUGACACGGUGUACUUGGUGGUGGAACUAGAAUGGCGCGCAAGGGGUGAGUUUGGGGGCACCAAUCUGGAGUUGCCAGGACGGGUGAUCGCGACAGGGUCCCUAUACUUGUCGGAUGCGGGAUGGCGGACCUUCGGGGUGGCCUUGGCGGAUGGCGGUGAACCCGUACGGAUGUUUGACGGGGCGUGGCAGGUGACCUGGAGGGAAGGGUUUGCGUUCGCCAGCCCGGACCGGGAUAACGUAACGGCGACCGUCCGGGUGGUCGAGGUAGGAACUAGUAUCUUGCCUUAUGAAAAUGUGCGCAUGGUCUUGCCACCCUUUUUGCUUGAGCGAAUGAGAGGGGUAGAACGUGCUGAGAUGGCAGUAAUAGCCCUGGAUAGGUUGAGACGUGGGAAGAAGGGGAACUGGACCUCGGGCAAGGAAGCCAGGAUGGGGAUGCUGGAUGGGGAUGCACAACACAGGAAGGAUCGGCCCAGAGACACGAGGGAUACCCCAACAAGGAAAGGGAAAGAAGGAAUAGAAUUCCUUAGGGAGGAUACUGAUAGACCAGUCAAUCCACCCCUACUGGACAGCGGAGCAAGCCGACCCUCGGCGUCGCCUGUAAGUGCAAAAGGAUGCGAGGGACUCUGGAGCCUGAGCGAAAGGGUGCUAGGAUGGUUUGAUCCGGAAGGGAUCGCAAAGCCAAAAGGGCAACUCAAUUUUAGCAAGGAAGGCGCCGGUCCGAGUUCCGCUACAGGACCUGGGAUGAUUGAGGGAGGGCUUAGGAAGGUGGUGUCGUCCCUCACGAGUGCUCUAAGCAAAAACCAGGGAUACUUGGCCGACGCCAAGAAAAAACCGACUUUCGAUGGCGAAAACAUCACCAAGUUCCUAAUCGAUUAUGAAAAUCUAGCAGCCGUACUAAGAUGGACUGAGGAGGAAAAGAUGGAGCACCUAGGCCAGCAUGUGCCACUCAACCUAGGUAGGGACAUAAUGGCAAUCGUCGCAACAAGCGGAUCAUGGAAAGAGGCCAGGGACAUGAUGAUGAGGAAGUAUCUAGCAGACGAACAGAUGGCCACGGAGGCGGAAAAAUCUACAGUGCAGAGGAAGCAUUCCGCAACAUACAGCGACUUCCUAAGGGAGUUUACUCUGGUAGCACUACGAAUCCCCGGAGUGAUGGACCGAAUAAUGAGCAAGUACUUCCUAAAGCAGUUCACCGAGUUCGACAAAGAGAUGAUCGGGAUGCAUCUGCACAACGACGCCUACAUGGCAGACAUAGAGGACCCGAUGACAGGACAAGGCGAGCUGCUUCGCCUUAUGGGAACCGGGGGAGACACGCCAAAAGGGAAGCUCGCAACCUGGUCACCCUCCUUUGAGGAGAGCGCUAGAAAGGGGGCUUUCGCACGCAUGGAAGGGAUGGGAGAGAGGGUGGAAAUUAUGAUCGAAGAGGCCUUUAGUAAGAAAGAAUGGGUCAAGAUGGGACUGCCGAUGAAGAAACGUAGUUCAGACGAAGACGCCCUAGGAGUCAUGGUAGUAGAGAAGGAAACAGAGGUGGAAUUGGGAGCCAGUUUGCCCAAGCACGGGGAGAUCCGGGACAAGAAGGAUAAGGUCGCACUAGAAAUCCCGGACUUACUGCAGCUUGUCAAAGCAAUCAAGUACCACAAAGUGGCCGUUGACCCGGCCGCCCUCGCCAGCUUUGAGGAGAGGAUCCAAAACGGCUAUUGCCUAAAUGGAGAGUUGUUCGACUAUAAGAUUGAGCGCGUAGCCGGCCUUAGGAAUCGAGCAGACAGACUGAGCAGGGUGGCCCUCACACCCGAAGGGUUAGAAGAGGCAGAGCCGAUCGACGCGUUCCUCGACUACGAGGGCGGGACGCUGGUAGUAGAUAGCGAGAUGGCCGGAACCACUUGCACAACUGGGGAGCUAUUGAUCAAAGCACUCGAAAAGGGGCCUCCGACAGUGGUUGCCGAGUUAAGGGAAGGUACGGCCACCAGAGUUGGAAGGAGGGAAGAGAAGGACGCUUGGGGCAGUGUUGUGAAGCCCCGGGAUGAACAAAUCGCACUAGCCGUUGAGGGAGGCUGGAGAAGGGUUAUGAGCAUGAAGGAGUCUCAGGAGCUGGAGAUGCAGCACUAUCAGGCCUAUCAGGUGGAUAAUAAUCAGACAGGUACUCAAGAAGAAGAACAGUUCUUCCUCAUCAAGUCAUAUGAAGGUAUAGAAGUCAGGCGGACCAAGAUGGCACCCAACAACGAGAACGAUAUUAAUCAAGCAAACCUCAAUGUUGAUGACCCAUGGCGGCAACCAGAGAGGCCGCAAAACAGAAACAGACCGGUGCUCCAACCCCGGCCCCCUGUGAGGACGGGAAAAAGGAAGAUGCAAGCCUGUAGACCCUCCCCUACAAAAGAAGGCGAUGUGCUCCGAGCCUGGCCAGAGGAUAAAAGUGAGCAAGAACGGGAGGAAAGCAGGGAAGAAAAAGGGACAGAGGACCAGCACAAGGAAGAACCUGGGCAGGGAAGCCGGAAAGACGCUAAGGGAUCCACAGAAGAUGACAGUGAGACAGGGGAGGACAUUCCGAAGAUUGUAAUUGUAAAUAGCGAUGACGAGAUGGAUAGGGUCUCAAGGCCCAGGCUGGAAGGACAGGCCUCAACAAGCAGGGCUUCAGAGGAGGUCCAUGAUUGGGACGAGGUAUUCGGCCCCACACCCAGUCAUUGGUUUGAGGUGUGGGCCAACACUUUUAGACAUGACUGGAUUAUUAUAGCCCGUAGCCUCAUGGCGGCUGGGGAGAGGGUCACGCCAACGGACUUUUUCUCAAAAGAAACAUUACAUGAUAUGAAGGCAACAUUGGACGAGAUACGGACCUACGGGCUGGGGGUGGCGCCGCCACCAAAGACAGAGGAGGGCAGGGGCGCUAAGCGCCAAAGAACGGAUCGGGAUACUGGGAAUUAAGGGUUGGCAAACUGGGGUUGGAUGGCACGGUUGGAUGUAAAAUAGGGGCGCUGGGACUCGGCAAACCAAUCAGGGAGAAAGGCGGGGGUGGUAUUUUCUUAAGUAGCUUCCUAGAAACAGAGUAAGUCAAGGCAAGGAUGUGAGACUUUGUGUGAAACAAUGCCUGCUGACCUGAAACUUGCUAAAAGACAUGAGGGCAAGCUGGGAGAUGCAGGGAGAUACAACUUUUUGAGUAUCAACUACUUUUUCUGAGUUUGGCAAAGACGAAGGAGAGUGUGAUUGGGGAUUCAAAAAUAGGGAGGUUCUCUCUUUGUUAUUUGAACAAUCUGUAAUUCGGUUUCUGUCUUCUCAACAAAUUGUGAUACUGGUU